AUGGCAUCUGAGAAGGAACCAGCCCCGAUCCAGUCAGAGGCAAUUGAGAAUGCUCCACAUGUUCCAGACCGUCAUCGAGGGGCAGAGUUUGAGGCUCCUAUGCAACAUGUUCAAGAGCUCAACGAGGCUGAACACAUCAACUUGAGCUGGCGAUCAUGGCUCGUCGUCUUUGUGACGUGUUUUGCUAUCAUGGCCCAGGUUUUUGUCGUGGUGGCUGCUGGCUCUGUUAUUGCAUUCAUCAUUCGAGAUCUUGGUGACGGUGCUAUUGCUGGCUGGAUUAUUCAGGGCCCAUUGCUCAUGCAAAGCGUCCUUUCCCCCAUAGUGGGAAGGCUUAGCGAUGUGCUCGAUCGAAAAUGGCUUGCUUCAAUCCCUCCACUGAUCGCGUUUGCUGGCGCUGUAAUUUCGGCCAAGGCAACGUCAAUGUCCAUGUUGAUUGGAGGUGGAAUUUUGAUUGGCGUGACCCUGAGCACCAUAUCCAUCGUUCAAGCUAUCCCUAGUGAGGUUCUGCCACUUAAGUAUCGAGCUCUCGCAAACGGUUUUGCGUUUAUGGGAGGUGCUAUUGGCGGACUUGUUGGUGGACUUGGAUCGGGCGGCGUAACCAACGCCAGUCCGUCAGGUUGGCGGGAUAUUUUCUGGAUUCAAGCAGCGUUCCACAUGGCAACCUUUCUUGGGUUGGUUUUCUUCUACCAUCCCGCAAGACGUUCCGAUUAUGGUAAGCUGUCUCUGAAAGAGAUCAUUUGGGCCUGCGAUCCAAUAGGGUCGUCCCUGUUUAUCGUUGCGACGACACUUCUUCUGUUGGCCCUGGACUGGGCUGGUGGUGCAUAUGAGUGGUCAGACGCACAUGUGGCCGCUCCGCUUGGUAUCGGAUUUGGAUUCUUGGUAUUAUUCUGCGCUUAUGAAUGGAAAGGGAGGUCCGAUGGUCUGGUGGCGCAUGUCUUUUUCAAAGGCUCGCCAAACUUCGCACUCUCAGUGUUCGCUUUCGCUGUCGAAGGCUGGCUGUUCUAUUCCGCCGUUAACUCGGUCACGCCCCAAAUUGUGCUCAAUCUUGGAUUUGAGAAUAAUGCUUGGAGUAUUUCUAUUCGACAAUUAUCCUUCAACCUCGUUACUCUGACCGCAUCAAUACCAAUAACGCUCUAUGCGACCAAGUAUAAAGAUCUAAAAUCGCCGCUGAUUGUGACAUUUUUCAUCUUUUUGGUUGUUACAAUCUGCUAUUCAGUUAUAACACCAAACAUGGAUAAUGCACAGAUUGGAUUCAACGUUCUCUCUGGCUUGGGGCAAUGCGGUCCAUUGACCUUGAUAGUGGCCCUGGUACAGUUCACUGCACCACAUGCGUUCUUAUCAACUGCGACCGGACUUGGGUUCUCGGCUCGUGCAAUUGGAGGUGCCUUUGGCUCAGCAGUGUUGGAUGCAAUUAUCAACGGAAAACUCAAGUCAUAUCCUACAGAGGUUGGUAAUGCAGCGGUAGCAGCAGGCCUUCCAAAGUCAUCUGUUCCGGAGUUGUUGAAGGCACUUGCCACUGGGGUUGGUUUAUCUGAUGUGGCAGGGUUGACCCCUUCAAUUCAGGCGAAAACACUGGAUGCAAGUCAUUGGGCAUAUGCACAUGCAUACAGAUUGGCAUGGGCAAGUAUCAUCCCAUUCGUGGUGCUGGCAUUGGUAGCAGUGUUUUUCUUGAAGGGAGUGAAGGAGUUGAUGACUGAGAAGGUCGAAGCAACUGUCGAGCACGUCGAGCCGAAAGAGCCAGGAAAGGCAUGA